CAUCCUUUUUCAAGCAGAAAUCAAUCAUGCUGAUUACAGCCAUAGUAUGUAAAUCAUAUAAUUCCUGUAGUCUGCUUAUUUAAUGACAAGAUAGACUGUAUUAGAUCACUUUGUUUUGCAGAGUGAAGUGUCCUCAUCUCUCUGAGCAGCAUCCAGCUGCCUCCCCGCUGGAGAAGAGGGAUGUUUCCUCUCUGCUCUGCUGUGUAGACUGUAGUGUAGUGUGUGUUGGAGGUGGAGGGGGCUGUUCUCUCAGCAGAUCUAGGCUCAGUCCGUCCAGAGCAGCAGAGCAGCGGCUGGUGGGAUGAUGAUGAGAGCUGGGGACUAUAGGAGGCACAACGAGACGACGCAUCUCACAGUGAUGGCCUCAGCUGCGCAGCUGUGCCGGUGAUCCUGCCGCUGCACGUAGGGAAGAAGCAGAGGCGCCUUGACAACCGACCUACCUUCCUCUCUCUCUCAAAAAAAAAAAAAAAAAGGCAGAGAGAGGAAAAAAAGAAAACACACCAGCAUAAACAAAUGCGACCAUGUACAGCGUGGAGGACCUCCUCAUCUCUCAUGGAUACAAGCUGCCCAAGCAUCCCACCUCCUCCUCCACCCCUACCCCGGCCCCUGCGUCCUCGUCCCGCCAGGCUCCCUCGUCCUCACCGCCGUCCUACAGCAAGCACCAUGAAAUCCUGGAGAACAGACCCGGCCCCAGGACAGUGAACGGCUAUGAAAGAGGGCCCGGGAUGCCUUACGGGAACGGUGGCGGAUCCAGGCAGCCCCAAGCGUACGGCGGCGGCGGCGGCGGCUGUCCCAACAACAACAACGAACCCCGGGACAGAAGCCUGUCCAGGCGGGAGGGCGAGAGCCGGUGCCAAAUUGACACCCACUCCUUGGGAGAGUCGCUGACCUCAGACAGCGGGUUCUGUGAUGGCACCAGAGUUCCUCAGUCACAGUCCAAGGAUGUGGCCUACUGGAGGAGGAGAGGCCAGGACUUCACUGUGCUGCUGGACUACGCUGACCUCAGAGAGCCCCAUGGAGGAGGCGAGGGGGGUUACGGCAGGCCGGAGGGGUCUCAACAAGCAAGAGGCCAAGAGUUGUCUGCAGAGGAGCGUCAGAGAGCAGCUCAGGAGAGGCAGCGCUGGGCAGCCCAAGCCCAGGCUCAGGUGCAGGCACAGGCCCAGGUCCAGGCUCAUGCCCGCACAAGAGAUAGGGAAGCUGCUCUCCAUCACUGGAGGGUGACAAAUGAGAGGAAGUGCCAGAGCCUGGGGACAGACGAGUGGCGUCCAGCCGUGAGCUUCGGCCGCCAACUGUCACAGAGUGAGGGUGAGCGUUGGGCACAGGAGCAGCAGCGGCUCCACGCCAGGACACCAGAGGGUAUGGUCGUCCAUCCCAGGGCCAAAGCCAAAUCCCAGUCCCUGCCCAGGAUGCUGCAGCCUGAGAGCCUGCAAUAUGUGGACAUAGACUCGGCCGGUCUGGAGCUGUUCAGGCGGGUCAAUGGCCACCCACUGUCACACCACGACCUUUACAGGGCACCCCGCUGGCUGGAGAAUGGCAGGCCAGCUAGCGCCAACCAACUCUCAAUGACACCAAAGCCCCGCUUCACCCGACCCCCUAGACCACCCUCUUAUGAGAUGCACCAGCAGAUCAGGGGAAGCUGUGAGAUGUUGUCUGGGAGAGACUCAGUGAUUCUCCAGGCCAGGGACAGAACGCCACUUCCAAUAUCAAGGACAGGUGACCCUCAACUGGACUAUUUUGCACAGGACUCUGGACCUCCAGGAUACAUCCCUCCUCCAUCAUAUAAAAGAGCUCCUAUAAUGGGAGGGGGGCGUCGGGGAUAUGGUGAAAUUGCUGUUGACUACAGGUACAGAGGAGAUGUGUACCAGCAGAUACAAGUAGCUCCAGAUGGAUCCCACUGGAUCACCAGACAUCCAGCUGGUUCCUGGCCUGAUCCACAUAGAGAAAGGAGCCUGUCCAGCCAGAAGCAGCUUUACCCUGUGUAUACUACCCAGGAGCACCCCGGUGGAGGGAUCCAAUACAUCCCCUUUGAUGACCCCCGCAUCCGCCAUAUAUCCUCAGCCCUGGGUGGCAACUCCCUGACGGACGCUGACAAGAUCCGGCACAUCCGCAACGAGCUUCCCAGUGUCACCGUGUCGGAGCCUGCAUCCAGCGACAGUGCCUUCUUGCCCCCGCCACUGGGGCCUUUCAUCGCUGCCAAACUGGCCGAUGAUGCCAACCCGACGUCUUCUAGCGUCUUCGACAAUGACAAUAACAGGUGGCACAGUGAUUUGCACAAAGAGGCUGUCGAUAACUUCCCAGCAACUGACCAAAACUGCAACAACAGAUAUCCCAAAAACCAACGUCCUCCUUCGUCCCCCUCUUCAGCCUUCCAGGCCCCAUUAACAAGAAGUUGUUCUCGCCAGGGGUCCAGCUCAGAUCAGGUCUUUGGAGAAACCAUCACCCAAGUGAAGAAAAUUGCCCCAGAUUCAGGGCCAGAGAACACCAAGAGAAGAGUGAGCGAGACAAUCUUCUGCCUUGUGUCUGUCCCUGUUCACACACCGACUAACAUUAGCAAAGACUUAGCGGCAGAUCAGAACAACAAUGAGACAAUACCAAGCCUGACUGUCACCAACAUGGACACUUUUGCCGUAGGCCUCAAAGAGAGCCACAACGUGCGAAGCAAGUCGGUGAAUGAGAUGCCCAUCAGACCCCACUACUCUCACUUUCACACCAGCAGCACAUCCUCAAUGAGGAACUACAAGAGGGCUCCUCUCAGGAAGGAGAUCAUAGAUGCCUGGGCACUUCAAGCCAGUGAAGACAAAGAGUUGUGCUAUUCUGGGUCCUGGCCUGGAAACCAGUACCGUAACCAGGAAACACAGACUGGCUCACCGUUGACAGUGGUAAAAAGUCCAGAACCCCAGAGUCCUCCUGGGAGACAGGAGCCUGUUCAGUCUGUCUCAGACACAACCAUGGACAGUGGUGUGGGGACUGACAGUAGCUCCUCUUAUGGUUACCCCAUGGCAGGCCAGAAAAACCUUCAUCCCUCCAGCAACAGCGCCUUCUCCCGUCUCAGCCUCAGUCCAAUACAACAGACAUCUCUUCAACCCUCACAACAAGAACCGUCGUCCCCAUCAAGGACCCGGGAUCAGGGAGAGCAGCCGUCUUCCCCCAGGAAGAGCAACUCCAGUCCCCCGGAGAGUGCAGAGCAAGUGACCUUUGGUCAAUUUCUCUUAAAGCCAGUGAACCGACGACCCUGUGACGCCAUUGGUGAACUGGAGUGCAUUAAUAAGGAGAUGGAAGACACAAUCAGCAAAAGACCCAAUGGGGGUCAGUGCACUGACGAUCUAGAUGGAGUGAAUAAGAGAUUAGACCGGUUUAAAUCAGGAGCACAUUUCACUGCUGGUCCAGAACCAGGCAGGGAAGCAAUCAGUCUUCCACCAAUGCACAUAGAAACACCCACCAAUAUAAAAGUCAGAUCAAAAUCCUUUGCUUCCACCGCUGAUUUAGACUCCAUGGACAUGAAGAGUGCUUUCUCCAGGCCACAGGCCAACAACAUACCAACAACAAAUGAGCUACCCAUACUCUCCAACCCAGACCCCAGAGACUGUUGCCUCCUGUCCUCACUACCCCCACACAAUGAGUCAAACCGGCUCUAUAGACAGGACAUCCCAGUCCCUCAAGAGUCCUUGCUGAGGGAUGUGGGGUUAACUGUCUACACAGAGACUCCUGGUGGUCCUGGGGAGCCAAUGCAGCGCUCCCUCUCAGUCCCAUCUCCACUCGAUCAUAAGGAGCUUAGUCAGCUCUUGUGGGAAAGCAGGACAGCACUUGUUAAAAAUAGCAGUAGCCCCGAGCACAAUUCAAAUAAAGAGCUUCAAGCUGAAGUACAGACUGAGAGAAAGGCUAAGUCAGACAGUUUUCCACCAUUCAGGGGUGAGGUGAAUUUAAGCAUCUGUAGAACCAGGAGCGAAAGCAGCAGAUCACCCAAGAAAGAGUAUUCACAGCAUAUCACCAGGCUGAGCAGGGAGGUGUCUUUUGUGUUAAAGGAUGAUGAUGAUGGCAAUGGGAGAUACGCCAUCUCUGAACCUCUGACCUACAAGAAUGAGUCAACGAUGGCAGAUAAGCACCUGGCGAACUUACUGAGUCUGGAAAAAGCCAAUUCUUUACCUGCAGAGGACCUCAGUAAACUGUAUGAGGUGAAAUGCGCAAAAGGCAUCCCUGAAAAUGAGUCCAUCGAGCAGAGGGCUGCCAGAAUCCUGGGUAUAGCUGUUCCAGUGGAGGCCUUGGGUGUGGCUGAUGCACAGUCUGAGGACAACCGGGACGAUACGGACACCGAUGUUGUUGAGAAUUUACAAAGUCAAGACGAAGAGACCCAGCAGGUGAUAGGAGAGUGUGAGCAAGUCGAAGAUAAGUCCCUGAUCGUCCAGGGAGCAGAGGCAGAGGAGUUCAAAGGGACAGGAUCAGGAUUGGGCCACGAAGGAGACAGACAAAAGCACAGCAGCAACCCCAGUGAUGGCGAAGACAACGAGGAUGCAGAGAUUCAGUCCCUGGUGGUACUGGACCUGCCUGAGUUCCCACCUCCUAAGCUUCCCCUAUCCCUUCCCGUGACCCCCGAUCACAAGCUAACACUUAGCGCGUGCAGCGUUGAGAGGAGGGGGCGAGGUGGAGCAUGCAAACUAAUCGAAUCCUUGCAAGAUAAGCUAAACUCUUCCGCUGCUUCAUCUGCCGCAUCUCUGGGCAGAUCAACCCCAGACAGAAUGGCCCGUCUGAAAGAGCUGGACUCGGUGUCUCGAAUAAGACGCCUCAGCCUCAAAGGUUCAGAGUCUGGAGGAGAGGUUGACUCUGAGGGGCGGGAUGAUGACAGAGAGGAGAGUGAAGUUCAGGAAGUGACAAAGGAGGAAGUCGUGGAGCAACGAGAAGCAGAAGAGGAUAAGAAACCGGAGGAAGGAGGAGGGAAGGAGGAGGAGAACCCAGAUGAACAUGAGGAUGCACAUGAAACACAUGACAAGUUGGGAGAUCCCGAAGAAGAUUGUAAACAAGAAGCGAUUGAAGGUAUAGGUGAGGAAGAGCAAAGACAAGAAGAGGAGGUAGAAGACAUGAAUGUUGAGAUUGCACUAAAAGCAGAGAAUGAAGGGAGUAAAGAAGUAGAUGGUGAAUUAAAAACUGAAGAGUCAGAAGGAGAGAAAAUCGUGGAGGAUGACAAAGAAAAGCCUUUGGAGAAAGUGAGAGAUGGACAGAAAAUAGCAGUCAGUAGAGCUGAAGUGACACAAGACGCUGAGAGAAAAAAGGUGCCCAAACCAAAGCAGCGCACCAAGCUGCAGAAGCCUCCUCUGCUUCCUAAACCUCGCAGUGUUCCCAAGAGAGAAAUAACGCUGCCUCUCAGCUUCAGCACUGGGACCUGUGGCCCCUCGAAUAUGGAGGAUGAGGAGAUGCUCUCUGUCUCAGACUCCUACGACCCCAGUCGAGUGGAGAGAGUGUAACCUCUGACACUGCCUUCACCACUGUGGAAAUCUGUCUUUCUCAAGUUAACAGCUUUUCCCAACAACAAAAGGCUUUCAUCUCACCUCGUGGCUUAGUCAGCCGUGAACCCUCCACUAUUGUUACGCAUUACUUCUCACAGAACUGACUGUCCUGGUGCUGCGAGAGCAUUUUUACAGCCAAAUAAAGGCACCGCCGGUGCCAAUUCUCCGGGCCUUUUCAACCUCGACGUCCUCGUCCUUCCAUUCUCUCCGCCUCUCCAAAAGUUUUAUUUGCCCAAGCAAAGCGCACUUCCUCCUUUUUGAAGUUGUCUCACGUAUUUUGCUUUUUGGAAAAAUACUCAUUAUUCCGCGUCUGCACUUGGGCUCCUUCUCGAGCUUGGGUGUUGAAAUAUGAAUGUAAAAGUGCUUCUGCUCAACAAACAAAAGAAAUGUAACAGAAAAAAAACAAGGAGAAGGCAACAGUAUUGCAUUACAAUCAGUAUUAACCUACACCAAAUGUAAAUAAGAAAGAGUUAUAAGAUUUUAUUAAGAAUAUAAAAAAAUCACUUUAAGUCAUUUAAUUGCUGAAGAAAUGUAUAUUUUCUUAUCUAUGUUAAGAAAAGACUAGAUUUUUGGAAGUGUAGUCUUUGGGUGUAUUACUAAUAAUGAAACUCCCUGUUCUUUAUUCUUAUACUUGUGUGAUAGAGAAUGUACUCAGAGAGCCUGGAUUGCAAUGAGAAACACUGUGGUCCUCGAAUAGUUUAACUAAGAGCAAUAUAGUCGUCGUAUACGGGACAUUUGUGACAUGAUUUGAGUAGUAAGUCUCCAUUUCAAGGAGCUGAUCUCAUUUAAACGUCUGCUUUAAAGCUCUACCUUUUGGUACAAGUGUUAGGUUUGCACUGCUGAGAUUAUUGGCUUUAUGUUACCACCUGAUAAUCUCUUCAAAUACUCAGAGAUUACACUCGGAGGGAUUCGCGUCGGCACCCUCCCCGUUCUCUGGCGUCUCAGCAUCAGCAACACGUAUCAGAAACGUUGUGUGUUAUUUUUGUUCAUCCUCAUACUGUUGAAGAAGAAGAAGAAAAAAAAUCUAUAUUUUGUGGCAUUAACAGAAGUCUAUAUUUAACCGUGGAGUUUUCCUUUGUUCACAUCUUGUGUGAUUUUCAGAAGUGCUUUUUUUGCAGGAAAUGAUAGAUGUAGCUAUAUUGAUCGCAGUGUGCCUUUGUACGCACUGAUUCUGUGGGGAACUUCAUUUGUGUGUAACACAUCCAGUAUUUUUCGGUUUACGAAUCCUAAUUUAAAACUGGACAUCGGUAAUUCAUUUUACUUUAAUGGAAACAUUUGGAGUUGUUUUGGCAAUAAUAAUAAUAAUAAUAAUCAGCUGAAGAAGCUUAAUAUCGAUGCUGUACAGAACAUUGCUGUUGGGAAUCACAGUAUCUGAACAUGUUCAAUAAGUUAAUGUUGACAUAUCAGUGCUUUUGUGUGUCGUGGGAAUAACUGGCAAUUGGUUUACACUCACUUCACAUACGGGGUAGCAAUACAAGAAAAUUUAAAAACAUACCAAACCAAACUUUACGCUAUGCAUUGGACAUCUACAUUGACUGGGUGUAAUACCAAAAUUCAAAGCUAAAACUGCAACUUCUGGUUUGCUUGUUUGACCCUGUCACUCUGUGAUCCAGUGUUUGAUGUUGAACCUGUUGGAUCUGGUUGUAGGUUUGCAGUAGAAGUAGCUCUGACUGGAGUUCAUCAGUGGAAGCUCAGUGCGAGGUUUCGUCUUUGUCCUGUUACCAAUACCAGUACCCGUACCUCUGUGUUCCAGGUAAUGUGUUAUCUGGUCAUUUCUCGUAGGUCUUUUUGUACUGCAAGUUCUUUGUAACAUGAUAUAUAGACUAUUGGUGCACAUCUUGCUUUGAUAUUUUCUAUUUUCAUACAGAAAGUAUGUACAGUGUCUUUUGUAUGCGCGGCAUCUUUUUUUGUUGUUUUUUUUCUCUUUUUUUUUGUGCAUGAAAUGCGUAAGAAAGUCACAGAGAGAAGGUGUAUUUGCAUAUAAUUGCAUUUGGUACUAUAUAGUCUAUCCAAUAAACAACUGUUAUAUUUCAUAUAAUGUAUAUUUUAUUUUCAAAAAGUUAUGCUACAUAUUUAAAAACAGAACAAGGUAUUUUUAGAUUAAUGUGAAAAGGGAACUGUUUUUUGAAGGCACAAUAUUUGUCUAUAUUUGAAUUGAUCAUCGAGAGUGAUCAGAAAUAGAGACAAGUGUGUGCUAUUGUACAGUACUGCAGACUAUUCAUAAAUAAAAGUCUUCGCAUGAAA